GGGAGAGCAGUGGGGUGGCCUGGCUCGGCGGCUGCCGCACCCCGAAGCCUCGGGCCGGCUCCGCGAGAGCGCGCGGGCGGACUCCUGAGCGGCGGAGCAGCCGCGGGUGUGCAAACAGCCCAGGAGGCAUAUCAGUGUGUCAGAGAUGAUGUGGAGAGACACAUUGGGAGUUACUAACAUUGACGGUAUGGAUCAUUCUGUGCUCAGAAGGGAGGUGUCAUCCGUGCUUCAUGACAGCUCAAACGAAGACUGUUCAGAGGAUGACAAGUGUAUUCUGAGUCGUAUCGUGGUGACCAACAUGCCAUUGAAAUGGAAAACGAGUUCUCCUGCGAUCUGGAAAUUCCCUGUUCCUGUGCUUAAAACAUCCAGGUCGUCGCCACUUUCUCCAGCAUACAUAUCCCUAGUUGAAGAGGAGGACCCUCACAUGAAAGUGUCCCUUGGGAGCAGCGAUAUGGGUGUGUCGGCCCAUCUGCAGUCGUCAAAGGCAGGGACUACAAGGUUCUUCACCAGCAACACUCACAGUUCUGUGGUACUACAGGGUUUUGACCAGCUCCGAAUAGAAGGUUUGCUUUGUGAUGUGACACUAGUGCCAGGCGAUGGUGAUGAAGUGUUUCCUGUUCAUAGGGCGAUGAUGGCGUCGGCUAGUGAUUACUUCAAGGCCAUGUUCACAGGUGGGAUGAAAGAACAAGACUUAAUGUGCAUUAAGCUCCAUGGCGUGAACAAGAUAGGUUUGAAGAAGAUCAUUGAUUUUAUUUAUACUGCAAAACUUUCUCUCAACAUGGACAACCUUCAGGAUACUCUAGAAGCUGCCAGCUUUUUACAGAUAUUGCCUGUGCUGGACUUCUGUAAGGUGUUUCUGAUAUCUGGGGUUUCGUUAGAGAACUGUGUUGAAGUGGGGCGGAUUGCCAAUACGUACAACCUCACCGAAGUGGAUAAAUACGUGAACAAUUUCAUCCUCAAGAACUUCCCAGCAUUACUAAGUACUGGUGAGUUUGUGAAACUCCCCUUUGAGCGCCUUGCCUUUGUCCUUUCAAGUAAUAGCCUUAAGCACUGCACGGAGCUAGAACUCUUCAAGGCCGCCUGUCGCUGGCUACGGUACGAGGAACUGCGGAUGGAAUGUGCAGCCAAGCUCAUGAAGAACAUCCGGUUUCCUCUGAUGACCCCCCAGGAUCUUAUCAACUAUGUCCAAACAGUGGAUUUCAUGAGGACUGACAACACCUGUGUCAACUUGCUCUUGGAAGCCAGCAACUACCAGAUGAUGCCCUACAUGCAGCCUGUGAUGCAGUCGGAAAGGACAGCCAUCCGUUCAGAUAAUACCCACCUGGUCACUCUGGGCGGCGUACUCCGGCAGCAGCUGGUUGUGAGCAAGGAGCUGCGGAUGUACGAUGAAAAGGCCCACGAGUGGAGGUCCCUGGCCCCCAUGGAUGCACCCCGCUACCAACAUGGCAUAGCUGUGAUCGGGAACUUCCUCUACGUCGUUGGUGGGCAGAGCAAUUACGACACGAAGGGAAAGACGGCAGUUGACACUGUCUUCAGGUUUGAUCCUCGGUACAAUAAGUGGAUGCAAGUGGCAUCUUUAAAUGAGAAGCGAACCUUCUUCCAUCUAAGUGCCCUCAAAGGACAUUUGUAUGCAGUCGGUGGUCGAAAUGCAGCUGGUGAGUUAGCUACUGUGGAAUGCUACAACCCAAGGAUGAACGAGUGGAGCUACGUGGCAAAAAUGAAUGAACCCCACUAUGGCCACGCUGGGACCGUGUAUGGGGGGCUUAUGUACAUUUCAGGAGGCAUCACGCAUGACACUUUCCAGAAGGAGCUCAUGUGCUUUGACCCUGACACGGACAAAUGGACUCAGAAAGCUGCCAUGACCACUGUACGGGGCCUUCACUGCAUGUGCACCGUUGGUGACAAGCUUUACGUCAUUGGUGGGAAUCAUUUUAGAGGAACCAGUGAUUACGAUGAUGUUCUGAGCUGUGAAUAUUACUCGCCAACCCUCGACCAGUGGACACCAAUCGCCGCAAUGCUUCGCGGGCAGAGCGAUGUCGGGGUGGCUGUGUUUGAAAAUAAAAUUUAUGUUGUCGGAGGAUAUUCGUGGAAUAACCGCUGUAUGGUGGAAAUAGUCCAGAAGUACGACCCAGAGAAGGAUGAGUGGCACAAAGUUUUUGACCUCCCAGAAUCCCUCGGGGGCAUCCGUGCCUGCACACUGACAGUAUUCCCUCCGGAGGACAACGCGGGGUCGCCUUCGAGGGAGUCGCCCCUCUCCGCACCUUGAGACGCGUCCUGCUAGACUCACCGUAUCAUUGUCCAACGCCGCCGCGCUGCGUCGGGGGUCCUCCUCUUAUUUGUCUUCAGUAGUAUCUAUUAAGGCUGACCCUGAAGCAGCCAGCACAAGAACAGGGCAGGGAGUGGGGCGGGCGGCAAAGGCAAGCGCCGCACUUUCGGUGCUGCUUGGUCGUCCGGGUUGUUUAUGGAGCGGACGAGAGGACGUUCUGAGCAAAAGGUCUCGUGAAGCCAAAUGUAUAACGAACGGUGAAAACAAGGUGUCUUAACAAACGAAUCUUCACAUUAGGUACAUCGGUGUCGUGUAUUGGGUGCGAGGGUGCCGUGCAGCAGCGAGCCAGGCUGCGGGGAGAAGCACCGCACGUGGGGCAUCUCGUGCGUGACGCCUCGGACCUGCGGGGCUUGGUUUCCUCACUUGCCUCGCGUGGGAGGGAGGGCGGGAGGGCGACAGGGAGGCCGGCCGGCCGGCGCACGCACGCAUCAGAAGCUCUCUGGCCCCAGCUAGCUCCAGGGAGCGGGACCUGUUUACUGACUCGACUCUGGAGUCUUUUCCGGAGGAUGUGGCAGGCAGAAGAAACCCGGCAGUUUUGAAACAAUAGGCAGACCCUGAAUCUGUAACCAGGGUGCUUUUUAAAUAACCUAUUAAGACCUUUUCUCCCUGAUCCACCACAUAAAAAUUGAAAAGUAUCUGAGGUUUUUAAUGAUUCAGCUUUCUUUUCCCCCUUCCUGCCCGCCCCCUUCAGCUCGAGUCAUUCUGGGAGCCUCUUCGUUCAGGAGAAUUCAGUUCAGUUGGGCUGCGACCUGGUGGAUGCCUGCACUGGAUUUUAAGUAGACAAGGGCUAGAAACUUCUUACUUGUUAAACCACUAAAACUUUGAUCGAAUGGUCCCCUUCAGAUUAUAGUUAAUCUUCCUUUCCCCUACCCGAGCCCUUGUCUCCAAAUAUCCUUUUGUGGGUGGGAGAACUCGUCUCUUACACCUCUGUAUAAAAUCUCAGUUACUACGGUUAUUUAGCACAAAAUGCAGCUUUGACAGAAAGCUGCUUUUGCUCAGAGAAUUCAGACUACCGUGUUUCUUUUGUUCAAUAAAAUCUUUAACUGCAA